AUGGGACUUUUAUUUCUUGGAACACCGCUCUCUUGGGAAGAAGGAAAGAAACAUGCAGACUAUAUCCGAGAGCACGGUAUUACUCAGUUCCUCAACGUCUGGCGAAAGCUCAAGGACCGUGAGGGCGAUACGCUGCUCUGGGGGGAUGAGAUCGAGUAUAUGAGCGAGAUUUUAGCCAAACUCAAGGAUGUCGUUCUCGAUCUUUGCAAUGGCUCCCCGGCUUCUGCUGGAUCUGUCCCAACAUUCCACCCAGAGUAUGGCCGCUACAUGCUCGAGUCCACCCCCGGAGCGCCAUACAAUGGAACAGUCUCCAAUCUGCUCGAAGUGGAACGCAACAUGCGAUACCGACGCAAGCUGGCCAAGGCAUAUCUCCUACCGCACGAAGUCCCGAUGACACUCACGUCUUUCCCCCGUUUAGGGGUACGUGAAGUUUUCACCGACCCUCCCACAGAUCCGGCCGGCGCAACUUCCAGCCAUAGUUUGUUCCUGCCUGAAGAAAUUACGAACCCCCACGCACGUUUCCCAACCUUGACCGCCAACAUUAGGAGACGCCGAGGCUCCAAGGUUGCCAUCAACGUUCCUAUCUACUUUGACACAAAUACCCCUAAGCCAUUUAUUGAUCCUACUAUCCCGUGGGACCGAAACAUAUACCCAGAGGAUCAUGAGGCACGGGAUGGUGCUGCCAAGCCGGACCACAUAUACCUUGAUGCUAUGGGCUUUGGUAUGGGCUGUUGUUGCUUGCAGAUUACCUUCCAGGCGUGCAACGUCAACGAAGCUCGCACGGUUUACGAUGCAUUAGUUCCCGUGGCGCCCAUCCUGAUGGCGCUGACCGCUGCUGCACCUGCGUAUCGGGGAUAUCUCUCGGACGUAGACUGCCGAUGGGAUAUUAUCUCUGGAAGCGUGGACGAUAGAACUGAAGAAGAGCGAGGACUCAAGCCACUCAAGAAUAACAAAUACGUUAUCCCCAAGUCAAGAUAUGGUAGCGUUGAUAUGUAUCUCUCGCAAGAUUUUAAUAAUCGUCCCGAGUAUAAUGAUGUCCCAGUCUUGGUUGACGACAAGGUUUACGAGCGCUUACGCGAAAACAACAUCGACGAUCUCUUGGCCAAACAUAUCGCUCAUCUUUUCAUCCGUGAUCCACUAGUGGUCUUCUCCGAAGCCAUUGACCUCGACGACACCCAAUCCACGGACCAUUUUGAAUCACUCCAGUCCACCAACUGGCAGUCCCUCCGCUUCAAACCACCCCCAGCCGGGAGUGCAAUCGGAUGGCGCGUCGAGUUUCGCACGAUGGAAGUCCAGCCGACCGAUUUCGAAAACGCGGCCUUUUCGAUUUUCGUUGUGUUGCUUUCGAGAGCAAUCUUGAGCUUUGGCUUGAACUUUUAUAUCCCCAUCAGCCGGGUCGAUGAAAAUAUGGCGAGGGCUCAGCGCAGGAAUGCCGCGAGGGGUGAGAAGUUUUGGUUUAGAAAGUGGCCAUUUGAAUGGGAACGGGAACGGCCAUUCCAACGGUCACUCAAAUGGGCAUACCAAUGGCAUUCCAACGGCCACUCAAACGGCCAUUCAAAUGGACAUGCUAAUGGACAUUCUAACGGUCGGGCAAACGGACAUUCCCACCAUGCUUCGUCUCCCAUUGAUCGGUCACCACCCCUCUCGGCUGAUCAAUCCCGCUGCCCAUCACCCAAAUUCCCCGAGUUUGUGCCCGUCGAUGAUGAAUAUGAAGAAAUGACCAUGAACGAGAUUAUUAAUGGAAAGGGAUCAUUCCCCGGCUUGCUCGGUGUCGUGAACGCAUAUCUCGACUCGUUAAACGUCGAGUUUACGGCAAAACUUAAAAUGAAGAAAUAUCUUGAUUUGAUCAAGCGCCGUGCAGAUGGUUCCCUUCAAACACCCGCAACAUGGAUUCGGAAUUUCAUUCGUUCUCAUCCGGCAUACAAGUUCGAUUCGGUGGUGUCUCAAGAGAUCAACUAUGAUCUCGUCAAGGCGAUGGAUGAGAUUGAACGAGGCGUGCGAGCUGAACCGGAUCUUUUGCCCUCUUACUACAAUGGCUCUAAACUCGACGACGGCUGUCUAUAG